AUGGCUCAACUGACAAUCCUUGCCGGAUUGUCACUUCUGAUGUGUCUCCAAACUGUUUCUUCCACCAAACUGGUGUGCUACUUCAACGGGACCCGAAACAGAGAUAGAGCUGCUCAAUUUUCCCCUGAAAACAUAGAUCCAAACCUCUGCACACACCUCAUCUACGCUUUCUCAGUAAUCAAUUCCUCCAACCAACUAACAACUUCUGAAUUGAACAAUGAGGUUCUCUAUAAAUCCUUCAAUGACCUGAAGAACAGAAAUCCCAAACUGAAAACUCUGUUAGCUGUUGGUGGGCGGGACUUUGGAACAUCUCAAUUCACCCUCAUGGCCUCAUCUUCAGCCAACCGUCAAGUCUUCAUCCAGUCUGCCAUCAAAUUUCUGAGACAGCAUGGCUUUGAUGGACUGGAUCUGGACUGGGAGUACCCUGGAUCACGAGGAAGCCCUCCUGAGGACAAGAACAGGUUCACAUUGCUCUGCCAGGAAUUACUCGCUGCCUUUGAAAUGGAAGCAGCUCAUACCAAUAGGCCAAGAUUGCUGCUCACAGCUGCAGUGGCGGCGGGAAAGGAGAAUAUCGAUAAAGGCUAUGAGAUUGCUGCUGUAUCAAAGUAUCUAGAUUUUAUAAGUGUCAUGACCUAUGAUUUCAAUGGAGCUUGGGAUAAUUUCACUGGCCACAACAGCCCUCUGUACACCCAACAUGGCCUUCUUGGUAACCAAUCCUACAACAAUGUUGACUUUGCCAUGAAGUAUUGGAGAGACCAAGGAGCUCCUUUAGAUAAGUUGCUGGUUGGUUUUCCCACUUAUGGGCGCUCAUUUCACUUAUCAACAACAGCUACUGGUGUUGGAGCACCGGCCAGCGGGCCUGGCUCUGCUGGGCCCCACACCAAACAACCAGGAUUUAUGUCUUACUUGGAGGUUUGCACUUUCCUUAAUGGAACCACCACACAGUGGAUUGAUGAGCAAAAGGUACCCUAUGCAGUCAAAGGCGAUGAUUGGGUGGGAUUUGACAACAAAGAGAGCUUUCAAAUCAAGGCACAAUAUGUCAAAGAUAAUAAAUAUGGGGGAGCAUUUGUCUGGUCUCUGAAUCUUGAUGAUUUUGCUGGAUGGAGCUGUGGUCAGGGACCCUAUCCCCUCGUUGGUUAUCUCCAAUCUCUUUUGAACUCAGAUAACGAAACCAUUGCCACAACAAUAACACCAAAUGUUACCGAAAUCCCCCCUACAACAACUGUCGGCACGGCCUCAACCACAGCGACCACAGUUGUUCCUCCUGGGAGCGAUUUCUGUGUUGGAAAGCCUGAUGGGCUUUACACAAAUGAUGAUGACAAUCACACCUUCUAUCAGUGUUCCAAUGGAAUAACGUAUCUGAAGACAUGCCCUUCUAAUCUGGUUUUCAAUGAGACAUGCUUAUGCUGUGACUAUCCCAAAAUAUAUCAUAAAUCAAUGACGCUGUAA